AUGCCAUCCAGAAAAAAAACCGUCAUGUUUGCGUCCGCCUUUUUUACCUGCGUUUGCUCUUUUGCGCUGAUUUGCGUUGUUCUGGCGACGCAGCACUGGAUGAGCAGCGAGGUUCACUUCUCCGACACGAAUUCCAACGCUACCGUGAGCCUCACUUACGGCCUUUUUAGUGGGACCUGUACACGGGUUGCUGGAGGAAUUCAGGUGGAAGGAAAGGAUUUCCAAGUUUCCAAGACCCUGACGGACACCAAGACGAAAAGCAUCAUCACCACGGUUAUUGUGAUUCUGGUUCUUGGUUUACUGACCUCCCUACUGAGUUCCGGAUUUACCUGCACUAAUGCUGUCAGUAAUCCCUACCAGACGUUUUUGGGACCCAUCGGAGUGUACACCUGGAAUGCUUUAUGCGGAAUCUUCGUACUUUUAGCCAUGAUACUUUUUCCUGUGAACAUAGAAGAAAAUGGCCUGUCUCUAGAAUUGGCCUCUGAAUGUGGUGGUUCUCUGCAGACACACAGGAAAUCUGAGCACACUUACGGGUAUUCAUAUUGGAUCAUGCUGCUCAUUAUUCUUCUGAACAUUGCUUCUGUCAUCAUCAUCUAUUUCUAUGAGCACGCACGAUAUUCUAAGAAGAAAGAACAGCAAAGACCCAUUGAAAACGCACCAAAAGAUGUCAUUCUGUUUUAA